AUGUCUGAGAAGAAAGAAGAUCCUCCGGUUGCUACCAUUCAGCAGCCACCCCAGGCCGGCUCUCUCUUGGGUCAACUUGCUAACUCUGGUCCAGUGUCCAUUUUUGCUUAUUGUGCAUCGUCUAUUCUUAUGACUGUCACCAACAAAUAUGUGGUUUCUGGAGAUUUCAACUUGAACUUCUUUUUGUUGGCCGUCCAAUCUGUUGUGUGUCUUGCAACUAUCUCUGUUCUCAAGUUUCUGGGAAUUAUCACCUACAGAGAGUUCAACUCAACGGAAGCUAAGAAAUGGUCUCCUAUUGCAUUCCUUUUGGUUGGUAUGAUUUACACCUCUUCCAAAGCAUUGCAAUUUUUGAGCAUCCCCGUUUACACCAUCUUUAAGAAUCUUACAAUUAUUUUGAUUGCUUAUGGUGAAGUUCUAUGGUUUGGAGGUUCGGUUACUUCUAUGGCAUUGGGAUCAUUUAUCCUUAUGGUCCUCUCAUCAGUCGUUGCCUGUUACGGUGACACUGAUAACGAGACUGGAAACAUUGCCAUUGGAAUUGGAUACUUCUGGAUGUUCCUUAACUGUUUCUCUUCGGCUACAUUCGUUUUGUCCAUGAGAAAGAGAAUCAAGCUCACGAACUUCAAAGAUUUUGACACUAUGUUCUACAACAACCUGCUUUCUAUCCCAAUUUUGCUUAUCGCAUCAUUGUUAUUGGAAGACUGGUCUGCUGAGAAUGUUGCUCUCAAUUUCCCUGAGUCCAGCAGAUAUGCCGUUAUUUCUGCUAUGGUGUUUUCAGGAGCUUCUUCCGUUGGUAUCUCCUACUGUUCAGGCUGGUGUAUCAGAGUCACUUCGUCCACAACUUAUUCUAUGGUGGGUGCUUUGAACAAGUUACCAAUUGCUUUGAGUGGAUUGAUUUUCUUUGAUGCUCCAAUCAACUUCUUUUCUAUCUCUUCCAUUUUUAUUGGAUUUGUUGCAGGUAUUGUCUAUGCAGUUGCAAAGCAACAUCAGCAGAAAGAGAAGAGCCAGCAACUUCCAAAAUAA